UAUUGAUCUCAUACCUAUUAUCUCCUCCCUCCCAUAACCAAGCAAAACCCUUCACUGGUUAUCUUGGUUCUAUAAAGUCCUACGGGACACCCAUUCCGUUCACUGCUCCGUUCAAUCAAGAACAAAUCAUCAUAGAAAAAGAGCCAAAAAGACACGAAACCACUCAGAUGGCAGCAGCUUCAUCCAUGGCUGCCAGGGCCGGCGUCCUGCUCCUCGUCGCCGCCGCCGUGACCUGCUGCUUCCAUGCGCGCACGGGCAACGCGCAGCAGAUUGGCGGCCGGUGUCAGCUGUCGGACAUCAAGGUCACGCAGGAGAAGACGGGGAAGGUGGUGCAGGGGCACCCGGAGUACCGGGUGACCUUCGAGAACCAGUGCGAGUGCCCGGAGGACUACGUGGACGUGCACUGCAACCACCUGCCCAGCGUCGAGCCCAUCGACAGCAGGCAGAUCAAGGUAAUGGAUGAGCUCUGCAUGCUCGCCACCACCCUCUUCAAGGGGUCCAAGAUCUCCUUCACCUACGCCUGGUACAGGCAGCAGGACUUCACCGUCGUCAGCGCCACUUCGCGGUGUGGCCAGGGGCUGGGGGAGGUCCAAGCCUAGAGGCUGCCCCCAUCAAGAUUAGGUUUCUUGUUCUACCAUUAAGAUUUUUUUGUAAUGUAAUAAAAUCGUCCUCUAUUGGGUUGCACCUUUGCAUACAAGGGAUAGAACCAUCCGGUUCGAUCGAGUUGUAGAGCGCCGCUCAAAAAGAGUUGGCUGUGAAAUCCAGGUCCAGAGGACCAAAGGUCCUGUUUAUCUAGCUACAUACUAUUUACUCUAGCAGUUCUCUGAAUUCAUAAAGCUGUUGGAUACCACCGAUUGUGCUUGGUCUGAUGUUCGUCUUCUUCAACAGCAGGCUCGUGAUUCCGAUCCAUCUGUAUUCGGUCUUCUCUAGGGGUUAUAGCGACAUUUGAACACGCUUACCACUAUACCACAACCUAUAUAAAGCCAUUAUAGCGAACGAUCAUUGAUCGCUACAACAUUAUAGCGACCGAUGUAUAAGUCGAUCGCUGUAAGUGAGGUUACUAUAAAUCUGAGUGGGGUCGCUAUAACAUUAUACCUUGUCGGUCGCUAUAGACUUAUAGCGACCCCACUCAGACAUGUGUAUUUCAAGCAUGAUAUACUGUUGGAACGGAUGAGUUUUCUACUUGUUUGACAAAUAAAGUCUAUAUAUGCAGACAACAUGAUUCGCAGGCUUGAUUCAAUUAGAAAAAAAGAACUUGUAAUGCUGACAAGUGGAACUACAGUCAUUCAAAGUUGCAUCAGAAAUUUAGAAUGCAAAUGACCAAUAUUAUAACUGUAGCAACAGUCCAUAUAUUCAGAUAAAAGUUGGGCAAAAUAAAGAGUAGUAUCUUCUUGCUAGGCUUCCAUAGUUGUGAAGAUGAGUUAUUUACUGACAUGCAUACUGGACCUUACAAUGCAAAACAAAAUUGGCAGUGUCAUGGUGGUUUAUAAGGCAUAAAAAUAUCUUCUCCAUCUGCAUACUGCUAGGGGGGUUCUGGUUUAAGUGCCUAAAAGCAAAAUAACAAGUGAUAGCUUGCCAAUACACCACAAAUUGGAUCCUUUUUUCCAUGUAAAUAAAUAAAAAAUUAGAGACAUGUCAGUGUCAAUCUUAAUCUGGCCCAAAUUGGCAAUCAAUUUUUCAAAAGGAUAGGUGCAUACUCUGACAAUGCACCAUGUCAACUUGUGUACAUUGCAGUAAAUAAAGUAGCUGGAUGCAAAAGCAGGACAAAGUACUCUAGGUUGUUCGUUUGAAAGAUAAAUUCAGAAUAGCAUACCUGCUGAGCCGUUAGCUGAUUUUGAAACCUACCUAACCAUCGUCAAACACAAAUAUUAUCUAUUCAGAAACAUAUAUCUAUAUUUGAAACAGAUCUGAAGUUGGGACUUGGGAAGGAGAGAGGAGUGAAGGAAAAGAGUGCAUCGAUGGAUCUGAGCUUGUCACCUAUUUGUUGGUCACAGCUGCCUCUAGAUCCGUGCAUGGCGGUCUCAAAAAUGGCCCCAAGGCGGCGGCCUCCUCGCGCGCGGCCCUCCAGCGGCUCAAGAAGCGCCUCCCUCACGUGGCCCCGAGCACCGGUCCUAUAGAGCACGCAGUGGGGACGACAAGCUGGAUAAGCGCACGAUAGUGAUGGUGGCCGCGGUGGCGGUGAUGACCGCUGCAGUAGGGACGGUGGUUCUGGUGAGCUCACGCCGGUGGUGGAUGCGAGCGGCAUGGGUUGCUGAGUCCGUGAGGUGGGAGAGUGUGUGUGGCAGCGCUGCUGUAGUGUGUGGGUGCUGAAGAUAGGGUUUGGG